UGUCGCGUCCGGAUGACGCAACACCUGCGCGAAAACUCGAACAGUUGGUGAUUCAUUCUGGAGCGAACUUCCAAACGAUCAGAAAACGUGGCACGAAUGGAUUAACACGCUUAAAAAUUAUUAGCAGGAUUAUUAUAGGCUAACAGGAAUAUUGAGCGAUUAUGAAGCUGAUUCAUAAAGACAUCCAGAAGGAUAAUGCCGGUCAGGUGACUCUGAUUCCAGAGGAGGCGGAGGAUAUGUGGCACACUUAUAAUCUAGUGCAAGUGGGUGACAGCCUGAGAGCCUCCACCAUCAGGAAGGUGCAGACAGAGUCGUCCACAGGCAGUGUGGGAAGCUCACGAGUGCGCACCAUGCUCACCAUCUGCGUUGAGACCAUCGACUUCGACUCGCACGCAUGCCAGCUGAGAGUCAAAGGCACCAACAUCGAGGAGAACCAGUAUGUCAAGAUGGGUGCCUACCACACCAUUGAGCUGGAGCUCAACAGGAAGUUCACUCUGGCCAAGAAAGUGUGGGACAGCGUGGUGCUUGACCGCAUCGAGCAGGCGUGUGACCCAACGCAGAAGGCAGAUGUGGCGGCUGUAGUGAUGCAGGAAGGUCUGGCCAACCUGAUGCUGGUGACUCCGGCCAUGACGCUGCUGCGAGCCAAAGUAGAGGUCACCAUCCCACGCAAGAGGAGGGGCAGCUGCGCUCAGCACGAAAAGGCGCUGGAGCGAUUUUAUGAGGCUGUCAUGCAGGGAAUUCUGAGACACUUCAACUUCGAUGUGGUGAAGUGUAUACUGGUGGCAAGUCCAGGUUUUGUUAAGGAUCAGUUCAUCUCAUACCUCUUUAAAGAAGCAGUGAGGCAGGAGUGCAAGGUUCUACUGGAGAACAGGUCCAAAUUCAUGCCAGUGCAUGCAUCAUCGGGACACAAGUACUCUCUCAAAGAGGUUCUGUCUGAUCCAGCUGUCACAAGCCGUCUGUCUGAUACAAAGGCUGCAGGUGAGGUAAAAGCUUUGGAGGAUUUUCAUAAGAUGCUGCAACAUGAACCUGAUCGAGCUUUCUAUGGACUGGCACACGUGGAAAAAGCAAGUGAAGCCUUAGCUGUUGACAUCCUGUUGAUCAGUGAUAAACUGUUCAGACAUCAAGACACUGCUACUCGGAGCCGAUAUGUCCAGCUUGUAGAUAACGUGAGGGACAAUGGAGGAACAGUCAGGGUAUUUUCAAGCUUGCACGUCUCCGGAGAACAACUAAAUCAGCUCAGUGGUGUAGCAGCCAUUUUGCGCUUCCCUAUCGCUGAUCUCUCUGAUGCAGAGGAAAACAGCAGCUCUGAUGAAGAUUGAUGUAGAAAAACUCACAGGGCAUUCAACAUGAAAUUUAACACCAUAAGCACCUCACUAAUGUGUUGAAACAACUAUUCUAUCAUAACAGCUCAAAGAAACAUGCCUUUAAUGUUCAAUAUGGUCAAAGGAUCCCAAGAGGUGGACUGAUGCAUCACUAUAUCAGUAUCACAGAUAUAUAGAAUGAGUUCUACAACAGAGAUUCAUCAACUUUCUUUUGUGUCCCAACACAAAUGGAGUUAUUGGAAGUGAACAAGGAAUAAAUUCAACAUUUUCCCCUUCAGUCAGUCACUCUGUGAUUUGAUUUAAAAAAAAAAAAACACUCUGCUUUGCUUAAUGCUUUAAUAACCUUAUUAGUAAGAGGGAUGUCAAUUACCUGGAUUUUAUUUGGGUGCUAAAGUAAAAAAAAAAAUGUUAAAACAUAUUGAGCAAAUGUAGCUUUUGCUUUAAUUUCAAUUGUAAAUACAGUAAUGUUACUUUCAAUAAAAAGGCUACAGCAAUAGAAAGACAAAAGGAAUUCAAUUAAUAUCUUCUCAGAAAGCCUGUCAAGUUGCAUGUCUCAUUUUAGCCAGCUAGUUAGCCAUACAAGUGAAGAUAAUGAACAUUAUAACCUGAAAAUUCAGUCAGAAUCCGAAGUUAGCCUUUAUUAGUGAACUGAAUGAGUCAGCAAUGAGAAAUGGUGAAACUUAUGAAUACUUAUAAAAAUUCAAAGUUUGUUCGCUAUUUUCUUUCAGCUAGUUAGAAUUAGAAAUGAAGAUAACAGUAUGACCUCAAUGUACAUUUUGAUUCCUAUCAUGUUAGCUAACUGGCUAGCGUUAGCAGUGAGGAAUGAUUGCAUUUAUGAAUAUUAAACAUCUCAAAUUUUUUCGCCACGUUAGCUGGCUAGAAAUGAGCAGACAGGAAUGUUUACUUUUGGGAAUAUUUAUAAUCUCACAAAGCCUCUCCUGUCAAUAGAAGUGAUGAACAUUACAGAAUCUGACCUCAAAAUCCCUCCUGUUAAAUUAGCAUGCUAGCUAACUGACUAGCAAUUAGCAAUGAAGAAUAAUGACGUUUACAAAUAUUGAAAAUCUCAGAAAGCCUGACCGAUUAGCUCAUUUUAGCCAACUAGCUUGCAUUAGAAAUGAAGAUAAAGAAUAUAAGAUAAUUAAUUCAGAAUCAUACCAGAUUAGCUUGCUGGCUAGCAAAUUCUGUGAUUAUAUAUUGGGCUUCUCCAAGAUAGAAGAAAGAAAAGCUUGAGUCAAAGUAAUUAUUGGUGUAGAUUUAUACAGGAACUGCUUUCUCACCCAUGGAGGCUGGGACUUUUUUUUUAAUGGAUUAUGGGAUGUGUAGGACAGCAUAAGACCCAUGGCUUCAAAAAUCAGAUGAAUUAAAGAUUAACAAAACCCAAAAAUGAACUCCUUUAUACUGACAGAUAAUAUCCAGACAAGACAUGUUCGACUGUUCACUUUUUCAUAUUUGUACCUGUAUACAGAUUUUAUUUUAAAAGGAAAACAAUGGUAGUGGUUAGCGCUGUUGCUUCAUGGCAAGAAGGUCCAGGUUCAAGCCCCGUGGCCGGCGAGGGCCUUUCUGUGUGGAGUUUGCAUGUUCUCCCCAUGUCUGCGUGGGUUUCCUCCAGGUGCUCCGGUUUCCCCCACAGUCCAAAGACAUACAGGUUAGGUUAACUGGUGAAUCUAAAUUGACCGUGAAUGUGAGUGUCUGUGUGUCAGCCCUGUGAUGACCUGGCGACUUGUCCAGGGUGUACCCCACCUUUCGCCCGUAGUCAGCUGGGAUAGGCUCAAGCUUGCCUGCGACCCUGUAGAACAGGAUAAAGCGGCUAGAGAUAAUGAGAUGAGGAAAACAAUGUCCCUGGGUGCUGCCAUCGAUUUUUACUCUCUCCGAGGUUUAAAUAUCGCAUUCUGAGUACAAAUUAUGUGAGAGAAUCUGAGAUUGAGACAUUACUUACAUGCUACAGGAUUUACCGAGGCUGAGAUCUAGUGGAUAUAUCUCUUUUAAAUUGUUGUAAACAACCCUAAAGAUGCCCGAGUGUCAAGCAUUUGAGUAUAAAAAUAAGCCUGAUCAUUGACACAAUGAACACAGAGAGAGAGAACAGUGGUGCCUGGGAAUUUUUUUAUUUUAUUAUUAUUUUUAAUUAGAAGCCUUUAUUUCAUAGUUCUGUGUUGCUAAAUUAAAGAGUGUUCUAGUAUGCCAUUAACAUCACAGGGGGCUAAUCCAGUUUCGCUGUGAAUGGUUGCAUCCAGGCAAGCCUAUUUUUUUUUUUUUUUAGCAAUAUCAUAACUUAAAAUGGAUAACUUGUUAUAUAGCUUUAUUUUUUUAAUUUAAAUGUGUGGAGGCUGCAUCAGGGCACUUGCCUUGAUUGGCAAAGGCAUUUGUUUUGGGGUUUUGUUUGACUUUAAGGACUCUCAUAAAGCAGCCUUUUAUCCAAACUUUAGAUUCAGACAUGAGUGAAUAUCUUAGACACACCUAUCAACAACUUUUGGUUGACUUUUAUACCCUCUGAACCACUCCAUGUGAUUUCAUGACAUAUUAAAGACAAUGAUAUGUUGCAUAUACUGUAUGUGUCAUAUCGUUAUUGCCCUAGCAAGUACCCACUCCAAUUUUGUUUAUUUCGCAGGGCACUGGUAGUCCUUUAGCCAUGCCAAAUCCUCCAUGGUGCCCCAGUGCAGGAACAUUAUGGCCAGAAUGACAGCUACAUGCAUGAUCUGGUGACUGUUGAACCAGUAGUCAAAGGUGCCAGGGCUGAAUCGUUCAGGUAUAUGCCACACAUUGACCAGACCACCUGUUAAUGCCAGCACAUCCAUGAUGACAUAGAGAUAGAGUGACUCAGGAUUUCCUGUGCCGAGCUUGAACCAACGUAGGAAAAAAAGGAAAGCCCGGAACAAGGCUUGGAGGGCAAAUGAUUGCAGACGUCGAGCACCGCUCUGAGCAGUUAGAGCAUCACGGACACCACGGCAUGAGAAGAACACAUAGCCAAACAUGGCAGUGCGACGCACCAAGGGCUGGCACAGGAGAGUGAUAUGCACGAUUGGCAAAGCACCUGCAGGAUAUCUGAAGUGGCUGAAGAAAAUGGUGAAAAAAGCUUCCAAUUUCCACAGAACUGUCCAAAGAAAACUCAGUCUGGGGAUGUAAAUUAAAUUCUGUAUCCUUACCAUGUGUAUAGAUGUUUCCGGAUUCAUUGUGCAGGUAAAAGAGACUUCGUAAGCACCCCAUGCAGGUGGAUGCAGGACGAUAUCCGGUCAAAACGUACCUGUUGAACUGAAGGUGCGGCGGAGAGUUCUUAAAGUCCAGAAGUUUUGGCACAGUGAAAAACACCAUUGUCAUUCUGGGGCAAAUCUCAGGACCAUUACCAAGUACACAUUUAUGACUGAUCUAAAUGUUUGAAUCUACAACAGAAUCUACAGCUCCACAUAUCCAUGGAUUUGACUGAACACCACUCCACUUGUACACACUUGGUCCCCAUCUGUCCUCAAGUCUCCAGACUUGAGUCUUGAUUAUGACUCAGGACUUGCAGCAGGAUGACCUGGAGAAAUUCAAUCCUGUCCUCCACCUGUAUUUAGUGUGGAUAAGGCUUAGAGUGCUUCUCACACUGACCUCUACGGACUAGGCUCUUUAUUCUAACUCCAGUGGUCAAUCCAGGCUGUCAUUUAUUUGGUAUAAUUAUGUAACUUUUGCUCUUCUAUGAAGAUGUUGCUUAAUUUUGUAUAACGACAGCUCCAAAUACAGUUCCCUCUGAAAGUAUUGGAAAGGCAAUUCUCGUUUUCCUGUAUGCUGAAGACACUUGGGCUGGAGAUCAAAACAUGAAUUUCAGCUCUCGUUUCCUGGUAUUUAUAUCUAGAUGUGUUAAACAACUUAGAACAUGGCACCUUUUGUUUGAACCCACCCAUUUUUGACUGAAAAUAUCAAACUAAAAAAUACUGGAACACGUGCGUGAUGGGUAUUUCUUACCUUGUUAGACGGAUUGUUUAAUUAAUAGCUCUGAAUGUUUACUCUUGAUUUGAGCCCUGGGUUUUGUCGUUGUAGACUGCAUUUGUUAUAAAGGAUAAACCAACAUGAAGACCAGAGAGCUAUCUAUGGGAGAAAAGCAAUGUAUUUUGAAAUUAAAGGGAAUUACAAGUUAUUUGACACAGAAAA